UAUAUGCUUUUGUAACAUCUCUUAAUCAUGUCACAAUGAAGUCAAUUCUGCUAAGUAUAUUGUUCUUUGGAGUGCAGUGCAAAAGAUUAGAUCCGAUGGUCAUCGCUGAAUGGGAAGAGGGGGUACUUCCGCAUAUCGAUUAUUGCGUUAAUAUCACGAACGUGGACUGGGACAUUGCAAAGAACAUGUUUAGAAAUGUGCAUCUUCCAGAUGAAUCAACCUUUCAUUGUUACAUGAAAUGCAUAUUUGACAGACAGCUGUUACUUAAUUCGAACCAAGAACUGGAUCAGGACCAAAUGUUGGAAAAGAUAUACGGACUAACACCUGAUCUAUCACAAUUGUGUGUUGACGAGUCAGCCGGUAUAGAAGACAUUUGCGUAAGAAUAUAUAAUAUUACAAAGUGUAUUGUACAUGACAUCGCUGACGAUUGAGAUCGAUUCAUUUCUUUUGUUAGGUAUCUUUGUUUAAAUAUUUUUGAUAUGGAAUGAGUAGAUAUUUGAGAAAUUGUUUUUUAAUUCAAUCCAAGAACUG